AUGCACCUGAACCCCUUCCGCCUCGCCGCCUUGGCGCUGGCUCUAGUGUCUACCUCGUCGGCUGAAGAGGACACGUUUUGGAGCACCUCCGUCUAUGGCGGCCUCUCCAGCAUCAUCCAGAGCGUCCUGCCUCCAAUCGACUGCCAAGUGGGGCCCUGGAGCGACUACGUUGGCUGCAACUCCGCCUACUCCACGACCAAGACGCGCCGUCGAGUUGUGACCGUCUGGCCCCUCAACAACGGAGCGGCCUGUCCCGCGCUGGAGGAGUCCCAGCCAUGCGUCCGUCAGGACUGCCAGGUCGGGCCUUGGACCGCCUUCUCGCAGUGCAACCCGCUGUGUGGGAAGAAGACACGCACGCGCGAGAUCACUCUACCCGCUCAGGACGGAGGCGCCGCGUGUCCCGCGCUGGUCGACACUGCCCCAUGUGACCCCAUCAACUGCGUCGUGAGCGACUGGUCGUCGUGGAGCUUCUGCCUGCUGGGCAAGAAGACGCGCUCGAGAUACGUGCAGGUGUGGCCCCAGUACGGCGGCACGCCCUGUCCGUCGAACCUCAUCGACAUCCAGUCCUGCAGCCCCGUGGAUUGCGCCGUGAGCGACUGGAGUCCGUGGAAGAUCAUCGGCCUCAAGAAGUCCCGCUCGCGUGAAGUCACGUGCCAGGCCGAUGGGGGUAAACCCUGUCCGGCUUUGGUUGAGGAGGCGACGUGCAACCCCAUCGACUGCGUCGUGAGCCCCUGGUCCUGGAGUGGAGUGUGUGACCCCACGACCAAGCUGCGGAUUCGCAUCCGAAACAUCCUCACGGCCGCUCAAGACGGCGGUAAGGUCUGCCCUGCUCUUCAAGAGACUGUGACGUGUAUCGACUGCGUGGUGAGUGCCUGGACCGACUUCUCCGUCUGCAACCCGCUCACGGGCACCAAGACGCGGUCGAGGACGGUGGUCACUGCGGCGGCUAACGGCGGAGCUGAUUGUCCAGCGCUGGUGGACACUGUCCCGUGUGAUCCGGUCUCCUGUGCGGUGGGAGACUGGACGCCGUGGGGAUCCUGCGACCCGAAGACGCUGCAGCGCCAACGCACUCGCGUCGUGGUGACGACUCCGUGCUACGGAGGCGCCGCCUGCCCGCCGCUCGUCGACACCCAGGCGUGCGUCCCUCAAGACUGCGCAGUCAGCGAUUGGAGCCCGUUCGAGUUCUUCGUCAAGGACACGGGCGGUCUCAAGUACAAGCGCCGCUCGCGGUCGGUGAUCCGAGCGUGCGACGGCGGAGCGGCGUGUCCGCCUCUGGUGGAGGAGGUGCAAUACCAGCCCGUGGACUGCCAAGUGAGCAAGUGGGUCUGGGACGACAACGGAGCUGGCGCGUGUCCUCCCGGGACCCAACGGCGACGCACUCGAACGGUUGUGACGCAGCCGAAGGACGGCGGAGCGGCUUGUCCCGCCCUCGUUGAGCUGGUGGCUUGUGGAGACUGCCAAGUGAGCGCCUGGAGUCCGUUCGGAGCCUGUGACGCCGGUACAAUGACCCGCAAGCGCACGCGAACUAUCACCCAGCAACCCGUCGGCGACGGAGCUGCGUGCCCUGUGCUUGAAGACAUCGCUCCGUGCGAGCCUGUACCCUGCCAAGUGAGCGACUGGACUGCGUGGGGGCCCUGCACGGCGUCCAAGGUGCGCCAACGUACUCGAACUAUCGUGAACCCAGCCAAGUACGGAGGAACCGAGUGCCCUCCGCUUGUCGACCAGCAGAACUGCAACCCUGUCGACUGCCAAGUGAGUCCGUGGGGACCCUUCGAGAUCCUCGGCUCGACGAAAUGCCGCCGUAGAACCGUUCUACGCGAUGCUGACGGUGGCAAAGCCUGCCCAGCUCUGGAGGAGACGACGACGUGCAAGAAGGUGGACUGCGUCGUGGGCGAGUGGGGGCCCUACUCGGCUUGCGACCCUACCACCAAGCAUCGCUCUCGUUCUCGCGUAGUCUUGACGUCUCCUCAAGACGGUGGUGCCGCAUGUCCAGCAUUAAUUGAAGCAGUAGCCUGCGCCCCCAUCGACUGCCAGGUCAGUCGUUGGGGUACGUGGAGCGACUGCUCUCCGAUCACCGGCAAGCGCACGCGUCGCCGCACUGUGACGACCCCCUGCGCCUACGGAGGUGCCGACUGCCCGCCGCUUAUCGACGAAGACAAGUGCCAGCCUGUGGACUGCAAGGUGAGCGACUGGACCGCGAGGAGCGGAUGCAACCCGCUCACCAAGACUCGCACGCGCAGCCGUUCCCUGAUCACGCCUGCCAGCUACGGCGGCGCCGCGUGCCCCAGUCUCGUGGAGACUCAAGUCUGCACCCCGACCGACUGCAUCGUGAGCUCCUGGUCGCCGUUCGCUUCGUGCGACAACAGCGGCACCGGCAAAGCCAGCGGCAAGGAGCGUCGGUUCCGGACGGUGCUGCAGCAGCCCGACGGUGGCGCUGCGUGCCCUCCCCUGAUGGAAGAGCGACCGGCGCCGAAGGUGGACUGCGUCGUGAGCGACUGGAGCGAUUGGGGAGUGUGCGACCCCGUGCUGUUCGUCCGCGUGCACAACCGCUCGGUCAUCUCGGAAGCCAAGAACGGCGGCAAGUGCUGUCCUGCGCUCCAGGGCUCGCAGCCCUGCUGUCCCAAGCGCGUGGACUGUAAGGUGGGCGAGUGGUCGGACUACCCGCCGUGUGACGCAGCUUCCAACACUCAAACUCGCACGCGCGAUGUGACUCAAGCUGCUGGUCCUGGAGGCAGGACGUGUCCCGACCUCCAGCAGACUCGCAGCUGCAAGCCGAGCGUCGACUGCCAAGUCGGAGACUGGAGCGACUGGGGAAGCUGCUCCAAGAGCAAGUUGCGGCGCACUCGAACGCGCCAGGUUAUCACUCCGCGGUCGGGUAAAGGCGCCAAGUGUCCGGCACUCAAGGACACACAGAGCUGCACUCCGGUGGACUGCUCCGUGACGGACUGGAGCGACUGGAGCGCCUGCGACUCUGGAAUCAAGACGCGCACUCGAACCGUUCUGCAGGACGCCGACGGCGGCAAGAAGUGCCCGAGCCUCAUGCAGACCAAGACGUGCAACUCCAACGUGGACUGCCAGGUCUCGAGCUGGGGCGACUACGCAGCUUGUGACGAGUCGACGUGGAAGCGGACCAAGACUCGCUCCGUCCUCGUGUCGCCCAAAGGCAAGGGCAAAGCGUGCCCCUCGCUCACUCAAACGGAUUCCUGCCCCGCGCGCGACUGCAAGGUCAGCGGUUGGUCCCAGUACGGAGCUUGUGACUCCACUGGCAAGCGGAAGCGCACGCGUCAAGUUGUGACCGAGGCUCGUGGCGGAGGCAAAGCGUGCCCGCCACUGGAGGAGACUGGUCCCUGCAACGCAGUCAACUGCGGCGUGACUCCGUGGGGCCCCUGGAGCGACUGCGACAAUGCCUCUAACACUCAGACGAGAUCCCGAUCGGUCCAGGUGCAGCCGGCCAACGGUGGCACAGCCUGCCCGCCGCUCACGCAGACGCGGAGCUGCCAGAAGUGCAUUGUGAGUGACUGGAGCGACUGGUCCAUCUGCACGGCCGACACGCCCACGCGCUUCCGAACUCGGACCAUCGUGCAACAACCGCCUCCUCCUUCGACUUGCGGCAUUUCCGACACCGACGACCUCGUGGCGAGCUUGCAGUGCCCUGUGUUGCGCGACGAGCAGCCGUGCGAGGCCAUCAACUGCACGGUGAGUGACUGGAGCGACUGGAGCGACUGCAACCCCGACACCUUCGUCAAGAUCCGCAACCGCACCAUCAUCCAACCUGCCGUACGAGGUGGCACCGAGUGUCCCGACCUCGGCGACACGGAUAUUUGCCCCCCUGUGGACUGCGUCGUGGGCGAUUGGACCGAGUGGAGCUCGUGUGGAUUGAACGACAUCGCGUCGUCGCGGUCUCGCCCAGUGCUGGUGCCUGCUGCGUUCGGAGGCGCCGAGUGUCCGUGGACCAGUGAGAGCGUCGACUGUCCGUCGAUCGACUGCGUUCUGAGUGACUGGACGGACUGGAGCGUAUGCACGGACGACACCCCCACGCAGACUCGCGAGCGCUCGAUCGUCCAGGACGCCGUACGCGGUGGAGCUGCGUGCGACGUGGUAACGCAGACGCGGACGUGUCCGCCUGUGAACUGUGAGCUGAGCGACUGGAAGCAGUGGCAGGCGUGUGACGCCAAAACGGGGACCAAGACGCGCUCACGCGACAUCAAGCGCUCUCCUCAGCGCAAUGGCACGGCCUGUGACGCCCUUCAAGACAUCCAGCCUUGCGACGCGGUGGACUGCAUCGUGGACCCGAGCUGGGGCGACUGGAGCGCGUGUGACAACACCUGCGGCAAGCGCUACAAGAGCCGGCAGAUCCUGCAGAAGCCUCUGUACGGCGGCGCCGAAUGCGCUGCGCUGGUGAUGGAGGGCCCCUGCGAGCCCGUGAACUGCGCCGUGUCCGCUUGGAGCGACUGGAGCGACUGCGACGCUGCCACGGGCCUGCGCACGCAGACGCGCAACGUCACGCAGCAAGCGCUGUACGGUGGCUUGGCGUGCCCCGCGCUGGUCCAGCAGAAGAAGUGUGAUCCGGUGCCCUGCAGCGUCGGCGAGUGGUCCGCGUGGACGUCGUGCGAUACCGACGACCCGCAACAGCACCGCUCCCGCAGCGUUACGCAGAAGCCGCUCUACGGAGGUACCGAGUGCCCCGACCUCACGCAGGACGUGACUUGUCCUCCGAUCAACUGCGACGUCGGACCCUGGAGCGACUACGGACUCUGCGAUGCGAGCACGGGCCUGCGGACGCGCACUCGUUCUGCUAUUCAGGUGCCUCGACAUGGAGGCGCCGCCUGCCCCGCUCUCAACAGCACCAUCGCCUGCGACCCAGUGGACUGCAAGGUCGGAGACUGGAGCGACUACGGCGCGUGCGACGCCGUGACGUUCAAGAAGGCCAAGUCGCGCACUGUGGUGCAGAAGCCGCUGUACAAUGGCGCAGCGUGUCCCGACCUGACGAACGACCUGUUGUGUGACCCGAUUCACUGCGUAAUGAGUCCGUGGGGUGCUUGGGAGAGCUGCGACGCUGCGUCUCAAACCAAGACGCGUCGGCGUACAAUCAGUACGCAGCCCAAGUACGGAGGCCUCGCGUGCCCAUCGCUAACGGAGUCGGCCGCUUGCGACCCGGUGAACUGCGUCAUGGGACCCUGGUCCGACUGGAGCGUCUGCAAGAGCGACGGCAGCGACACCAACUCGUUCCGUACGCGGUCGGUGGUGCAAGCCGCGCUUUACGGCGGCACCGCAUGCGGACCCACGCGCGAGGAAGUUCCGUGUGGAGCUGUCAACUGCGCUGUCGGGAACUGGACGAGCUGGUCGACGUGCGACUCGAGCUGUGGCAAGAAGUCUCGUACUCGCCAAGUCUCGCAGCGCGCCUUGUACGGUGGAGCGGCGUGUCCCGCGCUGGAAGAUCUUACGAACUGCGACCCGGUGGACUGCGUGGUGGGCGACUGGGACGCAACUUGGUCGGGUUGUGAUGCGAGCUCGGGACUGCGGACGCUGACUCGUCCGGUGCUGCAAGCCGCGCUUUACGGCGGCAAGGCAUGCCCCCAGACCGUCCAGACCAAGUCGUGCGAUCCCGUGGACUGCACUGUGAACGACUGGGCAGAGUGGGGCUCCUGCAACACCGACACUGGCAAGACGACGCGCAUGCGUACUGUCAAGCAGCGCGACCUGUACGGAGGCUGCAAGUGCCCCGACCUCACGCAGGAAGCACCGUGUGACCCGGUGCCGUGCGCCGUUGGGCCCUUCAGUGACUGGACCAACUGCACGGAUGCCGACGCCACCACGUCGCGCACUCGCCCGAUCACGCAGAAGGCGCUCUACGGCGGCGCUGAAUGCCCCGCGUUGACGGAGACGGCUGUCUGUCCACCCGUGGACUGUGUGUUGGACUCGUGGGGACCUUGGAGCGACUACGACGUCGUGACUGGAGUGCGCACGAGGAAGCGCGCUGUGAUUCAGCCUCCGGUGCGCGGUGGCUCGCCCUGCGACGUCACGCUGGACUCGGAGACUGCGCCGCCUGUCAACUGCCAAAUGGGCAACUGGACCGAGUACAGCCCGUGCAACGACGUCGCGGGAGUCAAGACCCGGUCGCGUCCGAUCCUGGUGGCGCCAAAGUACGGCGGACUCGCGUGUCCCGACCAGCUCCAGAACGCGACCUGCGACCCGGUGAACUGCGUCGUCAGUGAGUGGAGCUCAUGGGGCACGUGCGACUCCAGCAGCGGCAACAAGACGCGCAGUCGCGAUGUCCUGCAGAAAGACAAGUACGGCGGCGCCUGCUGCCCGGCACUGACGGACUCGGCGCCUUGCGACCGCGUGGACUGCGUCAUGAACGACUUCGGCGCCUGGACGCCGUGCGACCCGGCGACCGGAGUCAAGACGAGAUCGCGCACGGUUCAAGUCGCGCCGAUGUACGGAGGAAGCGCGUGCCCGAGCACGACGGAGCAGGGCUUCUGCAACCCCAUCGACUGCAAGGUCAGCGACUGGAGCGCCUUCGGAGCUUGCAACGCUACGUCCGGACUCAAGACGCGCACACGCACAGUGACGACGCAGCCGCUUUACGGCGGAGCGGCGUGUUCUCCUACGACGGACACGGCGGCGUGCGAUCCGGUGAACUGCCAGGUCGGCUCGUGGGGCUCAUGGUCGGCCUGCAACGCAGCGACGUUGACCUCGACGCGCUCGCGGAAGAUCACGGUGAGCCCAGCGUACGGAGGCAUCGAGUGCCCGUGCCUGACUGAGACGUCCCCGUGCAAGAUGCCGACGCCGACGAACUGCACGGUCACCGCGUGGUCGGACUGGACCAAGUGCGCCAGCAAGACCGGCACGCGCACGCGUACGCGCAAGGUGGUGACGGCUGCUACCAACGGCGGCAUGGCGUGUCCUGCGUUGACCGAGACCGGUUCGUGCGCCGGCUUGACGUGCACCAUGGGCGCGUGGUCGAGCUGGACGACGGGCUGUGACAGCUACGGCAUGCAGACCCGCACACGCGUGAUCCUGGACGACCCGUACACGUGCAGCGACUUCUGCGAGGCGACGAUGGAGUGGCGCGCGUGCACGUACAGCAACUCGACUAACGACUACGCCCCUCCUGCAGCAGCUCUCCUCCUGUCGACUGGUGAGAUGGCCUUGGAGGCCCAGGCGUUCGGCGAAGACGGAGAGCACAGCCACGUCCAGGCGUUGUAUGUGUAA